UCUAUGCACUGCAGUACUUUUGGAGAGCGGUACCAGCAUCCAACUUACAUGCAGCUGCAGUAGUGAAACCCUUGGUCCUUUGUCUUCUGCAAAUUUAAGGGUUCAUUAUGGACCAUGGAAUAUUUUUCAUCUCAGUGCAGAAUAUUACUUAUACUGCAUUACACAAAGAUUAGCCAAACAUUUUAUGAUUACCUCUUUUUAUUUUGCCCAGUGUCUGUAGAAAGGAUAACAUGUUUGAUUUUUUUUUUUUAGGUUUAGGUUUAGAGUAAUUUCUACAAAAACCUGCUUAAUUUCUGUAGUAAUCUUAUUGCUGUAUCCCUACUAAAUUCUAUAAGCAUUCCUUAAAGCUAGACCCAUUGCCCUGUCCAAAUUUCAACUCCAGUAAUUAUGUCCUUUGUACUCCGUCUUUGUAAUGUACAGCACUGUUGGGCUACUUUGUUUUUAAAUUACCUUAUGCACAGUGUAAAGAUCCAACCCUGCUCCCAUUGAAGUCAGAAACAAAACUCCAUUUAUCUUCAAUGCGGCAGGAGCCUCUCUCUCUUAGGAGUAGGAUCCGCUGUUGCUUAGAGAGUGUUUGCAUCCAUUGACGAUCACCAUGGAGACAGCAAACAAUAAAGAUUCCAAGGCAGGGGAGUUCCACACAUUAACUAGCUCACCCUGCACACAAGCAGAGAGAAGCAUAGAUCCCGUUCUGCCUGAUCUCCGCUGCAUGAACACAGAACCACCAUUCACCUCCCAGAAGGGGAAGGGCAGAGGAACCAUUGAUACUACAGGAGUGGACGGGAAAGGGUACUGCUGAGACUAAAGAAGCAUGCUUACGUCUCAGAGGGAUGUGCAGGAAUGGUACCUUCCCAGCUGGAAAAUAAAACCAGAGUAUUCCACGAAAGUGCUCAUUGGAAACUGGUUGGAAGAGAGGAAAAGGUUUAUAAAAGACACUGGGAAACCCAGCAACAGCAUCUAUGGGACUGACUUUAUUCGCUUCCCUGACCACAGAAUAGAUCAAACAGUGAGGAGAACCAUUAUGAAGAAACUUGAUGGCCUGCCAAAGCAGCAUCUGUUUACGCAACAUGAAGAACCGAGCAACCGCAAUUUAGUAACUCAGUACGAUGAUCAUUACAACAGACAUGGCUACAAUCCUGUGUUGCCUCCGCUCCGCAGAUGGAAUGGACAAAAGCUAGCCUGGCUCCCGGAGAAAUCAGAUUUCCCCAUUUUCGAACCACCCACCAACUAUGGCCUUUUUGAGCAACUAAUGAAAAAAUGGACCCACCAAGAGGCUGGAGUGAUGAACAGUGUCUACACUGUUUCUUAUGAGAUGCCGCCUGUUUCUGCUUUUGCCGUUCGCCGACGUCCGGUCACAAAUUAUCACCGGUCCCCCCGCGAUGGGCAGCAUCUUCCCCACAACCUCAGUGCAAGUCUGGAAUGUGACGGCGCACCAAAAUGCCUUCAAGCUCCUGGGUAGCCGGUCAGAGACACGACCGCCAUUGGCGCCACACUGUAGAGUGCUUAUUGCAAUACUAUAACCGCUAUUCAAAUACAGCAUCUUGCCCAAACACUAAGACUAUUCUGGUUCAUGUGCUAUUGGCAGGAAUAGGAAUUAGGCUAUAAAGAUGGAGUGGUGUCUACUGGUUGGAGCAGAGCACUGGAAUGUAGGCUGACUGGGUUACAUUCCCAGCUCUGCCUUUGACCAGUGGCAACUCCUCAGGGUGGAUUUUGUUUCCCUCACUUGAAUCAGACAUCUGCAUGAUCUUUAUGUGCUGCUGUGAAUGGCUCUGAGUUCACCUUUGUGCAUCAGCUUUGCCGUCUCACUGACAAAAGUCACCAUCACCCACUGCCUCUACUGAGCAAGUGACCGUAUUCAAUUUAGGGGUGGGCCUUCUGUGCCUCUCCCUUGUGGAAAGAAGCAGUAGGAUAUAUAUUCCAUAUAUAGGGAGAGUACCCUAUAUACACCUCUACCCAGAUAUAACACGACCCGAUAUAACACGAAUUCGGAUAUAACGCGGUAAAGCAGUGCUCCGGGGCGGCGGGGCUGCACACUCCGGUGGAUCAAAGCAAGUUCGAUAUAACGCGGUUUCACCUAUAACGCGGUAAGAUUUCUUGGCUCCCGAGGACAGCGUUAUAUCGAGGUAGAGGUGUAUUUAUACACAUUACACAUGAGGACUGACAUAUAUGACGGGGCCACUUAUAUUAGAGUCAAUACAGGAUCUCUCAUGAGUGCAAUGGGUAAAACAUAUGCUGCUUCCAUGGCAUCUGCCUGUUUUGCAUAGUUUUGUUUUACCUGAGCAUUUGUAAAAUGGUGUGAGGAUCUUUGCCUACUUCAUGGCUGUCCGUGUGAGGGGUGGGUGAAUAAUGAUUAUGAAGUGCUUUGAGAUCAUCAGCCUGGAAGGUACUAUUACAUACGUGCAAAAAGAUCAAAAUAAAUGAAUCAACACAGCCCUGUUCAGGCUAGGAAGAAGUUGGGGCAUUUGAUUGCGAUUGAAUUAGUUUGCAAUUUGUAAUGAGUUUGAUUGAUGCUUAGCAGAAAUUCUAAGUGCUUAGUGGUGGAGUUAAAUGAUUUGGGUGAAUACCAUUUAGUCUUUCACGAUAAAUGGGAUUUGACUAACUCUUAGACCUGUGUUGAUUACAUUUUGUACAGCCCCUUACACUGUGAAUUCAACCUGAUCCCUUACAGCCAGAUUGUCCCAUCCAAACUCACAGCUACGGAACUACUUGUGUAAGUGCUUGCCAACGUGAGUAAGCCUGGAACAAUCAAACCCUAAUACGAAGUCAUGCCAAUCAUCCCAUUGCCGAGUAAGGUGAUAUUUCAAAUAAAGGGUGCAGAAUCUGUCUCUCAGUUUUCACUUGCAUUUUGCACUCAAGUAUAAUAAUAACUUCUUAAAGGGAGAAAGUUGUCGCAGAAAAACUGUAUCUGUUUAGACGAGCCUUCAAACUGGGGAGAAUACACAAACUAACUUUGUUUCCCUAAACUGAUUUACAAAGUUCAUAUAAUUGUGUGCAAGUGGGGUUUUUGUUUGUUUGUUUUAUUUAAAAACAAAUUCAGUCCAUUUUUAAAAGCAGAAAUAAAUCAAUGCCUCCAGUUCAGUUCUCAUGGGCAAUCCUACAAAAACAAACUUCACAAUAAGGAGAAAACCAGAGAGGGAGGGGGAGCCCUCUUUAAAAGGUGUUGAUUUAAACAGGUUUUUGUCAUUGAAUAUAUGGCCAUUUCAAUAUCAACAAUUUUAUUGUCAUGAUAAGUUAUACAGGUGUCAUUAUAAAGUCAGGCAGCUCUAUUUAGGACAGGUUUCACAAUGGUAAUAGUUUUAUACAGUGUGACCAUUUCUCACUACUGCUCAUUUCAGAUUAUGGGACAGGCUGUUACAGAUUGCGAUAUAAAUAUUAAAUUAAUAAACAAACAAAGAAAUAAUACAAGGC